AUGGCUGCACUCAAGAAUUGCUUCCUCUUCCUAGCCAUAACUUUGUGUUUAGCAAGUGUCAAAACUAGCUCGGCGGCUCGCCACCUCCUGCAAAUUCCGGGCAUGCCACAAUUGCCAACAAUUCCUUCUCUGCCUCAGCCAACAUUACCACAAAUGCCUUCCAUCCCUAACAUGCCAACCACCACAUUGCCACCUUUGCCAUCAAUGCCAUCUUUGAACUUGCCAAACACACCUCUCCCGACCUUGCCUUCAGCCCCCAAGCUCACUCUUCCUCCCCUGCCGGCCAACAUGCCUUUGCCCACCUCAAUUCCCAACCUUCCGGCUAUUCCCACUCUUUCGCCACCUCCAUCGAAUUGA